UUGCCAGAUAUAUAUACCUACAUAAAUACAUUCGUUUCUCUCUCUUCGAGACUUAUCGCGAUCUACUUACAGGAAAAUUUCUGAAUUAAUUACUAAUAAAUUAAGUCGGUUGUUGAAUUAAACCUCUUGUUUCACGAAUUCAGGAGGAUUUCGAUAUUUUUGAUUUCUCCUCAGUUUUGAAAAGGUCUAACAUCAUGUCCCAUCAUCAAGAAAACAACGAUGAUUACAUGGAAGAUGAACAUGAAAUGGAAGAUGUGGAUGAUGACAUGGGUGAUGAGUUCCAUGGUCAAGAUGCUGGUGGCUCAGAUUCUGAUCCAGAUGAGUAUGGUUACAUGAGUGAUAGAACGCAAGAUACUAAUGCCGCUCAAGCUAGGAGAGGCCAAGAUAUUCAAGGGAUUCCUUGGGAUAGGCUCAGCAUAACAAGGGAGAAGUAUAGGCAGACUAGACUAGAACAGUACAAGAAUUAUGAGAACAUUCCUCAAUCUGGAGAAGCAUCCGGGAAGGAUUGCAAUACCACAGAUAAAAGGGGUUUGUAUUAUGAAUUCAGACGCAAUUCGAGAUCUGUGAAAUCAACAAUCUUGCAUUUCCAGUUGAGAAAUUUGGUAUGGGCUACAACAAAGCACGAUGUUUACCUCAUGUCUCGUUCCUCAGUUUUGCAUUGGUCAUCCUUGACUUGCAGUAAGUCUGAAGUUCUUAAUGCCUCAGGACAUAUAGCACCUUCUGAGAAACAUCCUGGAAGCCUGUUGGAAGGAUUUACACAAACCCAGGUCAGCACACUAGCCGUGAAGAAUAAGCUUCUGGUUGCUGGAGGAUUUCAGGGAGAACUUAUCUGCAAGUUUUUAGAAAGACCUGGAGUGAGUUACUGCACACGGACAACCUACGAUGACAAUGCCAUCACUAAUGCUGUUGAAAUAUAUACGUCUAGAAGUGGUGCACUUCAUUUUAUAGCUUCAAACAAUGAUGGUGGUGUUCGAGAUUUUGAUAUGGAAAAAUUCCAACCGUCCAAACAUUUUCGUUUUCCUUGGCCAGUAAAUCAUACAUCUCUUAGUCCCGAUGCUAAGCUUCUCAUAAUUGUUGGAGAUCACCCAGAUAGUUUAUUGGUGGAUUCCAGGAGUGGGAAGACUGUUGCAUCCUUGUGUGGGCAUUUGGACUAUUCAUUUGCAUCAGCAUGGCAUCCUGAAGGCUUGACACUUUCUACGGGGAACCAGGAUAAAACUUGCCGAAUUUGGGACAUCAGAAACCUAUCCAAGUCGGUCGCUGCGUUGAAAGGAAACCUUGGAGCCAUUCGAUCUAUCCGCUACUCAUCUGAUGGUAGAUUCAUGGCAAUGGCAGAGCCUGCUGAUUUUGUCCAUGUUUUUGAUGUUGAAAGUGGUUAUGAGAAGGAGCAGGAAAUUGAUUUCUUCGGUGAGAUUUCUGGCAUGUCAUUUAGUCCUGAUACCGAUUCUCUUUUUAUUGGGGUGUGGGAUCGUACAUACAGUAGUCUCCUCGAAUUUGGUCGACGUUGUGAGUACUCGUACCUCGACUCCAUUGUCUGAGUUGGCUGUGUAAUCUGCAAAAUAAGUGUUUGGACAUGGCUCUUUUUUCGUGAAACAGUUAAACUUGUAGUGCAGUCUUCAAUAGAGGGUUUAGGCCUGGAGUCGUUAAAUUGUGCAAUGAAGUAUAGAAUGUUUGUCUCACAGUUAGGUGUGUCCCAAAAUUUAACUCGGGUGGGAUGUACAGAAAGAUAAGUGCUGAUUGUGUGAAUAAUAAAUAGAAGAGCUGGUGAUCGCAAGGCAUUUGCCCGGCUUGUAACCUAGUUUAGGUUUCUCAUUUUUUAUGUGUCUGGGAACCUUAUUCGUUUCUUGGAGUUGUUCAUGACAUUUUGUUUAUGAUUUACAUUGUCACUAAUAGAGGAGGCUUGUCUUUUGCAGAAUUUUGUUAUUUUUA